CCCUCCCAGCAGGCUGCAGACCGGGAAGAGGCGGGCGAGGUUUCCGGAACCAUCAGCCCCCACACGGCCGCCGCCGGCCCGUUCUCCCCGCGGGCUCAGGGUGCCGGCAAGUGSCCGCCAUGUCCUCGGUGGCCGCCGCCAGCUGCGACGGCAAGGGCGCGGGGGAGGCGCGGGAGGAGAAGAAGCCGCUGAAGCCCUGCUGUGCCUGCCCUGAGACCAAGAAGGCGCGGGACGCCUGCAUUAUUGAGAAGGGGGAAGAAAAUUGUGGGCACCUAAUUGAAGCUCACAAAGAGUGUAUGAGAGCUCUGGGCUUCAAGAUAUGAAUGAGAUGAGCAGGACCGAAUGGGAUGAUGUCUUUGGUGUGAUUGUGAUCUGGAAAGCUGCAAAAUAAAUUAUUUCUGCAAGUUACUUCAAAGAAUAAAUAUAAACAAAGAAUUUAUUUAUAAAGAGUCUCUAAUGAUAGAUUAUGCAUCACAUCUGUAGUUUUUCCACUGUUAGCCCUUGACCACUGCUAUAGAAAAUAUAUUUUUCCUCUUAAUAAAAGUCUGAAAAUGA